AUGGUGUGCACCACAAGAAGGAUGACGUUCUAUGGGUAAUAGCAAAAAAAUGGCGCCAUUGCCGAAUUGAAAAAAUGGCGCUAAUGAACGACUCGGACCGCAUGCUGCUGCAACGUAUUAUGGUCAUUAAACUGCUCAUUUUAAGGAUUGAAGUGCAAUAAUGGUCACCAACGAACUGCUUACAUUUGUAUACAGGCGGCAGGCGCAAUGGAAGAUCAGGAGGUGCGGCAUUUGGCCAGGAAACUAACAGGCGAAGGUCAGUCGAUCAUCAGCAUCAUUAGAAACACCAUCGAAUGCUCAGGACUCUUAAUUGUUGCAUGGUAGAUCUGUCUGCUUCGGAUGUGGAUCAAAUGGUGAACAAAGUCGCUGGAAACAUCCGUCCAUUUGCGCUCGAUGUGCGUCGUGGCAUGUACGACGACGGAAAGAUGUACCUGGCUGUGGUCAACACCAGUAACGACUCGCUUACGGCGUUCGGAAGCAAUUUUAAGCCAUGGGAGAUCGUGUUCCUGCGCAAGGCGAUGGAGGAGAUCGUAGACACAGAUGAAGGUGCUCUCGAAGAGGCUAACUUGUAUAAUCUGCGCAAGAGCCCCACAACUUUGAACGAAGUGGAGGAGCUACUCCGCAAGUUGACAGCCGAGAAGUGGAUCGCACCAAGCGCUGUGCAAUUGCAGACACGUAGCUUCACUCUGGGGCCACGGGCGUACCUGGAGCUGAUCGCAUUUCUGCGCGAUCUACAAGUGAAGAAGUGCCCGAUCUGCCAAUACGAACUGCUGCAGGGAGCGAAAUGCCAGGACAGAAAUUGUGAGACUGUGGUCCACCACGGCUGCAUCGAUAAGUAUGAAAACAGAGGAGUCCGCUACAAGUGCCCUACUUGCCACAACCAGCUACGACGAUAAUUUUGUAGCCAGGUAACUCGAACUUUUCAAGGAGAAAUGCAAGGUGGAUCUCAACUUUUCUCGUUCUUCCUUGAACCUUGAAAUUACUCCUAUUCUGUAUCCUUGUGCGCUUAGCUGGUCGUUUCUGGGGCUUCAGGAGUGGCAUCAGGGUCGUAAGGCAGCAAUGCAGCAGCCACUCGGCGGUCCUCGGCAUUCAGGAUGUUGAACGUAGCGCAGGCGUUGACAGUAUCGAGGUAUUCCACGACGAUGCCGUUCGUCUUUAGCAGCUCUUUCAAUUCUGGAGCUAGUCCGUGGUUGAUACGCUCACCGCACCCAAGCACCAGAAUCUCUGCAAAAGACCGUUCAGCGAUUUUUACACAUUAGGUUCAACAUGGGUAAAACCUACCGACAGGAGGGUUAGCAACAGUAAAGACAGCAAGGUGGUCGCGCGUGAUCUCCUCAAUUCUUUUCGGCUUCCA